GUUUGUGCACGCUAGUGGGACUCCACGUGGUGAUUCUCAGCUAGCGUUAGGGUGUGGUGGUGUUAGUGUGCAUGUGAGAGAGAUAGAGAUCAUGAGCAGCUCGUACGAACCGUUUGACCGCCAAGGUGGUGCAAUGGAGCAGCAGCAGCGUCCAGACCUCACGACCAGUACGGGCGAGACCCUAACGGCGCAGAAAGGUGCAGUUGGUAGUGCAGCUCCGGCUAUGGUCUACCAGGGGCCUGGAGCGACCGGUCAGCAGCCAGUAGGAGCAGCCGCCGCCGCCAUGCCCCCGCCACAUUACCAACAGCAGCAGCCGCAGCAAUACCAACAGCAGCAGCCGCAGCAAUACCAGCAGCAGCAGCCGCAGGAGACAAUGCCAGGCGUGGUGUCAAUGCAGCCCAUGCCAUCAUCCAGCGCGCGAGUGUUUGAUCCCACGGACAUGGACCCCGGAUCUCAGCUAAACUACGCAGCAAUUCGCCUGUAUCACCGGAGCGGGCAGACGGCAAUGGAUGCCAUACACGGAGCCGGCUCAACGCUACUGGGCAUGGUCGACAGCACUGUAGCACAACUCAAGGACAACAUAACGUAUGAAGAUUUACUGCAGACGUUGAUACAUGAAAAUGAACGCAUCCUGACCAAGGACUGGCGCUUGGGGUACAGGCAGGCUACUUUCUACGACUGUGAGGAGACACCAACGACUGUUGUGGAUAACCUGCCCAGUGGAGCAGCCAUUUUGACCAACAAGCGCCUCCUGCUCCUGUCUGCUCAAGUCCACAAAGGCCUUGGUCUGGAGAGCAUCGGUCAGAAGAAGACGUCGCGACGCUAUGUCCUCAAGGCAACCAAUAGUGACAAUGUCCACUACAAGCCGCUGCCACUCAGCAACUUUGCUUCCAUUGAAAUGAGCGCAUCGGCUGGUGCCUCGGUCACUGCUGACGUCAAUCCAGUAUUCCCUUGCUGCGGUGGCUGCUGUCCUUGCUUCUCGUGUUGCUGUGCCAGUGCCCGCAAGAGAUGGACCUCGGUGGUGUCCGCCACCAACAACCACAACACACGCGUGCUGAAGAUUGGUCUGCUCUUGCCGCCGUGGGGACGUAAGUGUAUGCUACACCUGGAGCUGGAACCCACUAUGCCGCUCUCACAUGCCCGCGACUUCAUCGCUAUGCUACAACAACAUCCGAAGCUUGCUGCCUGAAGCCGCAACACAUGCUCAGGUUGGUUAGUUUGGGCUGAUGUCCAGUGUCACGGCAAGUGUCCAUGUUCUAUGGCAGGGGCGUCGGAACCGGUGCGGCAGGUGCGGCCAAAGCCGCACCAAUAAUUUUCGAAGUUUUUUUUUGGCAUUUCAACCUUGUUGAUGGCUUGUCGACUCUUGUACCAUGUUGUACAGGUACCAUGUUUUACAUCGACAAUGCGGUGUAUCAUCAGCAUGCAUAUUCAUAUCCUUUUAGGCCCAAUUUUCAAAAAACAUUCACGGGGGAGGACCCCCGGACCCCCUCUCACACUUUCGCCGCACCAAUGUUAAAUUGCAUCCGACGCCCCUGUAUGGUGUGCUGUAUACAUUGUAAAGGAACUCCGCCAGGCUAGGCCUGGGUUAGUGUAACCGAAUCCUGUGUGACUAGUUGCACCUGAACCUGUUUUGUGUUGUGUGUGUGUGUGUGUGUGUGUGUGUGUGUGUGUGUGUGUGUGUGUGUGUGUGUGUGUGUGUGUGUGUGUGUGUGUGUGUGUGCGUUGUUGUGUACGUGUGCGUGUGACGGUUUGCAAUCAUUAUCAUUAUUGCUAUUCAAUUGGCAGCCAGCCUCUUGCUUACUAAGCUUUUCCGAGGGCUGUACAUUUCUGAUCAUUGCUUUUGUUUGUAUGCAGAACUGCUGUACACAUACAAUAUCCCAGGUUUUGAAUGCGUGUUUAUGUUACUCAAUCUGCAAUCUGCGUGUUUAUGUUAUGAAGGGUGUUAAAGAGA